CACCCGAAAAAACCCUAGAAUCCCCAUUCCAGAGCCAAGGUAGGUUAAACACUCUUCUUCAUCGUCGUCGCAAUGGGACGUGUGAUCCGUGCGCAGCGUAAGGGAGCAGGCUCGGUCUUCAAGUCCCACACGCACCACCGCAAGGGCCCUGCCCGCUUCCGGAGCCUGGAUUUCGGAGAGCGCAACGGCUACCUGAAGGGUGUCGUCACUGACGUCAUCCACGAUCCUGGCCGUGGCGCGCCUCUCGCUAAGGUCGCCUUCCGCCACCCGUUCCGCUACAAGAAGCAGAACGAGCUCUUCAUCGCCGCCGAGGGUCUCUACACCGGCCAGUUCAUCUACUGCGGCAAGAAGGCCACCCUCGUUGUCGGCAAUGUGUUGCCUCUUCGAUCCAUUCCUGAAGGAGCUGUCAUCUGCAACGUCGAGCACCAUGUCGGCGACCGCGGCGUCUUCGCUAGGGCGUCUGGAGACUACGCCAUUGUUAUCAGUCACAACCCUGAUAAUGACACCUCUAGGAUUAAGCUCCCAUCUGGUUCAAAGAAGAUUGUUCCAAGUGACUGUAGGGCCAUGAUUGGUCAAGUUGCAGGUGGAGGGAGAACUGAGAAGCCUCUUCUCAAGGCUGGAAAUGCUUACCACAAGUUCAGAGUGAAGAGGAAUUGCUGGCCCAAGGUUCGUGGUGUUGCUAUGAACCCUGUUGAGCAUCCCCACGGAGGAGGUAAUCACCAGCAUAUUGGUCACGCAAGUACUGUCAGGCGUGAUGCUCCUCCUGGACAGAAGGUUGGUCUCAUUGCUGCUAGGAGGACUGGUCGUCUUAGAGGACAAGCUGCUGCAACUGCUGCCAAGGCUGAUAAGGCUUAAAGAGAACGUUGUUAGGGUUAUUAUAUUUGAUUGCAAGUUUUUCAGUUUUGUUUUUCUUUUUUCUGAUAGUUUGUUUGUUAAACUAUUUGGGCACCUUCUUCAGAACCAUUUUCUUCCCAACAUAUGGAGUUUUCAAUAGACGGUCUUCUAUAUUUGUUUGGUUGCAUGUUCAAUGCUGCAGAUUAUUGCUAUUUUAUCUA